AUGGUGUACGCUAUUAUUAUAAAAGAUGGCGAGCCAAAGAAGAAAGUUAGCAAAAACAAAGAACCCAUUUUGGGGGGGGGAAAAAAAAUCGAAAAAAAGAAAAGUACCAGUCUAUGCAAAGAAGGGGCGGCAAACUCCAGCUACUGUCACAAGAACAAUCAGUAUUCAAUAUUAAACUAUUUUGACGUAAAAAAAAAAGACAAAAAAAAAGACCAACGGCAUAAAGAAGAAUGUACACCCAAGAAAAAUGUCGACAAGUAUAUAGACAAUUUUUAUAGCAUCGAAGCAUACAAAAAUGAGUCGAAAAAGGACGAACAUAUCUUGACCUACAUAAAAUGGAUAUGUGAAGAAAAGAAGAACGAAAAAGGAAAUAUGAAGGAGCACAUUUUAAAAUUACUAAUAUUACUAAAAAAGGAAGAUAUUUAUUUGAAAAGGUACUUCCCGAAGGUGUACAAUUUUGAACAAAGAAGAAAAAAAGAAAGGGAUGCAAGCGGAAAAAUAAAUUGUAAGGAAAAAAUUUAUGUUAAUAAUAUUUACAAUAGGAACGUCACAAGGACCAAAUUUUAUUCCAACAUAGUGAAUGACACCUUAUAUGAAUAUAAGCUAACUUACUGCAAGGAAAACAACUUAAUAACAUUUCACUUCUACGAUGGACUUAGUAAAUCAUUCAAGCUUUCCAGCGAUACAUUCUUUUACCUUAUAUCAGAUGACAAGAGUGUUUUCCGUCGUAGUUCUCUUAACAAUGAGGGGUCAAGUGAGGAAGACACCCUACUCCCCCACAAGAACAACUACAUCUACACGUUCGAGCGAAACUGCGAAAAUAAGAUAAGCGUCCAAAUAAUAGAUGUUUUAAGCAAAACAAGAAAAACCGAACUCUCCCUCGCGUAUACCCCCGUCCGAAUAUUUUACCACAAUGAUCAUUUGUUUUUUGUAAAUUUGUUAAGCUCCACCAACGGAAGGAAGUACUUCACGUACUCCAUGUACAAGAACAACGUGAAGGAAAAAAUCCGAGUGGUCUACUUGUCCGCGGUUCACCCGCUAUACUCUAACGCAGUCACACGCGGGAACGACUAUCCCUUUUUCCGUAAGUGCAAAUAUUUUCACCGUGAGGAGAGGGUUUUUAUGUGGACCGACCCAUUAUGGCAGGGAUCGUCACGCGUCUCCACGGCGGAACGCCCAGCCGAUUCGUUCACUUCCUCUACAUUGUACAGUUCAUCCGAUAGUUACACCUCCGUUCCGAAGGAACCGUGCGAAAUGCGGCUGAACGAAAUCCCAAACAUGAACAUCAUACACAUCAACUGCAACGUUAAUAUCUGCAUUGCGUUCGAAGAAAACACGGAGACGUACUUCUUCUUUUACAUUCUCUACAAUGUGGUAAAGUACAACAAAAAAUAUUUGAGGGAUUAUUUCAAAGCGGAGAAAAUGGACAAGUUUCUCCCUUUUCAACACUUCCUCAGUAUCGAAAAAAAGCAGUUCUCUUACAAAAAUGAAACAUUCAGAAAUAUUAAUUUUAAUACAGAAGCUUACAAACCACAACUUGUCAUAACCACCGGGGGAAAUAAAAGCAUCCAAAGUAGAAUUAAAUUGUGUGUCUACGAUAAUGUGAACAAUUUGCUAUUUCUUAUCCCAAUAUAUCACAAAUACGUGAAGGAUAAAAUUAAGGUUGUUCCGAAUGUCUUAAAUUUCACCACGGUUAAUAUGACAAGAGACUUCUCCACCCUUAAGUACUACCCAUACAACAUGUGUGCCUUCAUCAAUAACCAGAUGAACACCACCCAUUUGGAAUGCAACCCGAUGGAACGAAAUUACGACCAUACCAUUGUUAACGUUUCUACUGGAGAAAGGAGGAUGCAUUAUUUUAAAAGGCUGCUAAAGCAAAAGAGGGAAAUACUAAAAUGGAAUGAUGGUGACACAGAGAAAAAGGAUUCAAGAAAGAACACACAAUUAAAUAAACUCAUUCUAGAUGUUAACAAAAUGAACCAUUUCAUUAUCAUUCUGAACAAAGAUGGAAUGCUCUACCUACUCUCUGACGAUGUCUAUAUCUCCAGUAUAUACCUCUACAACAACACAGCGCAGAUAUAUAACUUACACAACUCAGACCUCUGCCAUGUCACUGUUGACACGAUAGAUUAUGACAACAAAAAGAAGCUCCGCUUGAAAUCCUACAGAGUCCACAUCGAUAUACUACCCAAAAACCCCACCCUCAAAUUUGUCCUGUAUUUUUUCUACAACUAUAUAUGCAGGAAGAUUGCCACUCAGUUUUUUACGCUCUGUGUUUAUGAGUGCAGGAGGGGGCAGCAGAACAGGGGCAUUUUUCACUUUCUCAACAUUGACAUAUACUUUUUGGAUAACCACGAUUUGGCGUACUCUCACUCGGGGGGCGCUUACCCGAGGAGCGUCAAGGCGCAAAAGGUAAACGAACAAUGCUCAAACGGGCAAUGCUCAAACGGGUCAAGUGUAAAUGUGUGGAAUGCCAAUUUGCAGAGGGAACCCACCCAGACGCAGAAAUGCCACCUACAUGAGAGUCAACAGUUUGGUGACAUCCCAAGAGCGAGAAGCACAUGGGUAAAGAAUCAAACGGAGAAGUACGAAAUGUUCAACAGAAAUUUCUUCCAAGUAGAAAAUUUGCCUCACAUCGAAUUCAGCCGAUUUGUAUACCUAUUCAUGCUUAUCUGCGUAGAAGAUUUAAAAAUGUACAGAAAAAUGGAAAAAUAUUUAUACCUUAAAAAAGGGAAGAACCUCAUACCCCCAGAAGAGUAUACGGAAUCUAAAUUUAACUGCUUCAAGUUUGGACAAGCGGAGGAAAGUUCAAACAGUGAAGAGGACCAUGGAUCUUCUUCUACUUCCUGUGACAGCGACGAUAGGUUGGCGAAGAAAAUUCAUGGAAGGUUCUUCUCACGUGGUGGAAAAAUGGAUAAAGACGUGAACGUGCCCCCUGACAGCAUCUCCAAAAGCUACUACACCGUGAUUAACAAUUUUAUUACCUACCUACACAACAAGUACAAGCAUAUUUAUCGCAAUAAGUAUCUCUUGUUAGCCUACCUACACUCCUACUAUGACGAAAUUAGUAUGAGCGAGUUGGUAGAGGAAAAAAUAAAAGACGAUAUCGUGUUUUUAAUUCUUAUCCUGUCAUACACGCUGAAACUGUAUAAUUUUAUGUUUCACUACAUGAGCAAGCUCGGUUCAUGCCGGAAAAGAACUUUAAUCCCAUUCUAUCAGCAUGUAUGUAGAAUGUACUACAAGGAAGUAUUGCUAAAACGAUGUACAUAUGGUAUAGCACGUCAGAGGAUUCCCCUGACAGUAAGCGAAAGCGAUAGAUGCUCUCUCAAAAUGAAACAAAGGGGAGACCUCAUUUGUGGAAGGACGCAUCGAAGCCAUUCCCCGCUCAGUAAAAACGGAGUCAUAGAGUUAGGACAAGACCACAAAUUUGAUAAGUACACAUUUUUAAACAGUUACUUGAAGGAAAAAUUCAUCAGACUCAGUAGAAUACCAAGCACAAUCGAAAUAAUCAGCCAAAUUGCCAAUUGUUCCCAUGGGGAGGAGGGACAGAGCCACUUAAACCAUUUUUUAGAUGCUACCUUCUUUCUUCAACAUAACGAGAGCCACACCAAGAAACUGAAAAUGAAAUAUGAAUGUUACCUCAAAGAGGUGGAGCAACUUUUUAGUGUAAUCAUGGAGGAGCAGGACAGGAGGAAGAUGAAGUUGAUGAAGACUAAGCAAAUGAAGAAAGGGAAGUAUAACCAAAGUAGAAUUACCAAUAUAACAACAAGCGAGAGCCACAUAGCAGACUGCUAUGAAAACUUCCAGUCCUUCAAAUCGCUCAUCCUUGUUAACAAUAAAAUGAAAUUCCUGUACUACUUUUCCCCCCUAUAUUUUCCAUUAAGGAAUUUGCUAAUUGCCUCCCAUUUGAGUCUACUCUAUGGACAAAAUUUGAAAAAAGAAAUAAUCAAAGAUAACUUUCUCAGGAAUGUUGUUAAGAACGAAUUGGACGUAAUUUAUGUGCCCGCCUUUCCAGUAAAUUUUAUGGAAAGUGCAAAAGAUAAAAAAUUUCAAGGGCGAAGAAACAGUUGUGCAAAUAAUUCUCCUUGCACUGAAGUUCAGAAGGGGAGGGAAAUAUAUGGAAGGCACUCCAAAUACAGGAAUCAAUAUAAUCGUUGUAAAAUAGCGGCAAUUACAUCCAAACAGGGGAAAAAAAUACCCCAUGAUGGAAAUCCCUUGGAAAAACCUGAAAAUAAUAAUGGCACUUCGAGAUAUGCAUUCUCACAGCAUUCGAAGAAGCAGCAAAGGAGUAAUGACCUAUACUUUUAUCAAAAGCAAUUUCAGUUUCACGCAUCCAACAUAAAAUACUUCGAUUCACUAAACAUAGACGAUGUGAAUCUCGUUAACAUACUACUCAAGUGCGUCUUUUACGAAAAUUUAUAUGCGCUAAACAGGUAUUCGUAUAUGCUGUAUAUGAACCUGCAGAAUGUUACCCAUGUAAUGCUCAGCGAUUUGACGGGAAGGCAUGUACUCAGAGACGCACUGUUUUGGGAUGGGCACAAAAGGAGAGACGAAAGGGAGGAAUCAAAGAAAUGCUCGAAACAUGGACUCAUUCCAAGUAAAGAUGGCCUGCCCAUGGAAAUGAUAAAACUCUUGGAUUGCUACGAGAAUUUCAACUUUAAAAAUGCCAACUUUUAUAUGAGCAUAAACAGGGAGGAUCUCUACUUCAACAAAUGUUUCGACUCCACAAAUAUAACAGUGAAGAAAAAUUUUUAUCAAGUUUUAGACAUAUUGAAUAGGAGUUUCCAGAGUGCUCUUCUGAACGAUGGUCUUCUCCAUCGUUAUGGCAAGGACGCGUGUGGUAAGGAGAAACACGACUCCCGCAAUGAGGAGAAAUGGAAGAGGGACCAAAACAACAAUAGUUACGAUAAAAAGAACAUAAUUGUCCAGAAGAGCUACCUAAGUGAAUAUAAAAUAUUGAAAGACUGCUGCUUUUUCUUCGAUACUUUUAAAAUGGAUCGAAAUAUUUCUUCUUGUUAUUUUCCGCACAACAAAGAUCCUGUGCUUGUGUACCUGAAUAAUUUCCACAACUAUUACUUCUCCAAAUAUUACAAGAAAAGAAAAAUACAACUGCUGAAAGAUAAGGAGGAUAACAUUGAGGAAGAUGCAGAGGAUGAAGGACGUAGACAAAAUGGGGACCUAAUCGAUUUGAUAGACCUGGAAAAUUCUUCAGACAGUUUAGAAAGCGCAUAUAUUCACAAGCACAAAUACAACAGGAAGAAUGUGAAUCGGAAUUUAAAAAAAAUUAUAAAACUGUUGAAUUUAGACAAAUUAGAAGAGAAGAAAAUACUUAUUGACACCAAAAUUAACGGAAAUAUUGAUAAGGUUUUAGAUCUAAUGCACCUUUAUUAUACUUUAGAAAAAUUUUACAAAAUGAAAUAUAUCUGUAUGUUUAACAUUAGUGAAAUUAACUUUUUCGACAUUAUCAACUCAAUACAUUACAAACCGGAGAUAAAUUUUAACAUAAAGUAUGAUUUGUAUGUAUAUUUAUUUGAAUACAAACAGAAUCAAAGUCGCCUUAGCAAUAUAUCUAUCCCCCCAACUGAUAGCUUUUCCCUUAAUGUACCAUCUCGUGCCUAUAGUAGGGAUCCCGUCGAUGGCUCAAACAGGCGCCCCAGCGCUACCUUUUACAACUACGCCAAUUCGUUGAAUGAAAAUGGAUUUCCUCUAAAUGGGGAGGUUAACAAUGGAACGAAUCGUGCAGAUAUGAACCUGCCGAAUCGGGGGAUCGAAAUGAAUGGAAACGACGGGGUUAGUGGACCCUACCCUGUUGCUUCCCACAGCUCUUCUAACCCUGCCGGUUUGUCUCCAAGGAACAACACCCUUGGAACGGGAUACCCAAAUGGUGCACCCACCACGAGCAUUCCCCGAAGGAAUAGCAAUAUCCUAAUCAGAGAAAACUCCGAAAAUGAAAUUCAAAAUGUCCAUUUGAGCAACGCUGCUUCUUAUCAUUACACACGAUUUGAUAACAACCAGAACAACAUUAACAGAAACGUUGGAAGUAACAUGCGCUUUAAUACAGACACCUUCAAUGAACCAUCGGAGCUCACCAUGCUGAACAGGAGAAUACGCGAAUUUAAUAGCUACUGGCAUAUGCGCACUAAUGAUCUAAGGACAAAUAAUAAUUUAAAUUACCGAAGCUUGCUUAACACUUCCAGGAGCAUGCAGCGUGAAGGCAGCAACUCUGGGAACCGAUUCAGCUACAACCAGAAUAGAACCCCGGAAAGAAGCACAGGGAAUGCGAUUUAUAGAAAUUAUGGGAACCACUUAAAUGUGCUACCUCUGAAUGGUAGAGUUGGUAACUACCGGGACGCGGGUAGAACCACCUCUUACAAUGUAAGCCGGAAUGUGUCAACGAGCAUGGAGGAGAGCCCUCCAAUCAGUCACUUUGAGAACAGCCCCGUGUAUAGUCAACGAAGGAAUGGGAAUCAGGAGGGCAUUCACAACGAGGGCGCCGAUCACAAUGGCCAAAACGAUUACGGCGGUCAGAACGACGACUCCAUGCACCUCGCCAGGGAGCGCUCCUUUCUUCCCUUCAACAUUGCGCCCAGCAACAACACUAACCAGAGAGAUAAGCUACACAAUUUGAAAUACUCCUUAAAAAAAAAAAAAAAAAAACACAUUAACAGAAUCAAACUAAAUGUUAAUAGCCUGCUAAAUUCUCUUAAUGUCCACAUGAAGACAGACAAAAUCGAGAAAAUCUUCAUCCUAAAUAAAAAGCUUAAAGAGUUACAGGAUUGCAAGAAUGUAUUACGAAAUUUUAACAACAUUCCUAUGAGGGAGCUAGCCAAUAAAAUAGGAGUUCCAGCAUCUACGCACACGGGAGACUUCUUUGAUAACUUGCAAUUUAACAAUAGCACGUCGCAAAAUAUACUGACACAUAGAGAUUCCCUCAGGAACAACGAAAUGGAUAAUAACCAGGCUGCUGUUCAAAAUGAUGUACAAGAUUCCACUAGCUCCUCCUCAUACCAAGAAAGCGAUUACAAUAGCGAUUUUAAUAAAACUUGGCAAGUUCCCGAAUGUGUGAACUCACCCAAAAGUGUCAUCGAUGUGGAAGGUGACGGAGAAAAUGGGCACCCCAAUAGGGAUGACCAAGACGGUGGUCCAAGCAAUGUUCCGGGAGACGACGCAAUUGAGCGAAUCAAUAAUUAUUCGAACAAGAUUCACAGUAGCACUUACAACCGAAAUGGAAAUGAUUCCUCUAAUGAUGAGUUUUAUUCGAGCAAUUUUUUAUACACGCCAAAUAAAGCUGCUAACGAGAUGACGGGUCAGAAUAAAAUGAACGACAUUUCGUUCGAUAACAUAAAUCGCAGAUACAGCUGCAACAUGUCUAUUAAUGACACGGAGCCGAGGAGGGAUAGCCAAAUAUCGUUUCUCUACUAUGACAGAAGAAAUAGCUUCAUGGUGAAUAGUCUGCCUAGAAGGGAGAGCAACUUGUCGCUCCCGGUGUUGAAUGGGAUCGACUCGAAUUUAAAUGGAGGAACUGGCAGGCAUAGCAGCGGUGGAGUUGACAGAGUUAACUAUGCCGGUGGAGAUGACCGCCGAGUUGAUCGAGUGGCAGCAAAUCGGCCGUCUAUCAACUCCAGCAGGAGCAUGCGAAACAGUACAGUGUCCAGUGUAAUUCAGAGAGAACGAACCCACCAAGUGAGCGACGCAAUGUCCAGUUACAACAAUACACCAAUGGAGGAAUAUGCUAACAAUCUGUAUGACGUAAACGAUUUUAGAAAUAAAAAAAAAUUAAAUAAAAAAAUUGAUUACUAUGAUUUCACAUUUGACAAAGCCAAGUUAAUUAAAUACAAUAAUUUUGUGAACAGCAAAAUCAGAAAUGCCUUCAAAUUGCAAUGCUCCUUAUGCCAAACGAUUUUAUACAAAAAAUAUGAUGAUAUGCAGAAGAAGAAAAAUUCCGUCCUAGUAAAGAUUAUAAACCAUGAGAAUUAUUUAUUUAAAUUUUUGAAUAAAAAUUAUAAAUAUUGUGGGAUGUAUUUUCUCGCGGGAUUAAUAUACGGGUUAGGAUUAUUACAAUUUUUUAAGAGUUUAAAAAUUUCUCUAUUUUUACAGUACAUUUUGAAAUACAAAAAUAGGUGCCUCUACAUUUGUUCUAUUUUGGGAAUAUCUCUAUCGCUCAUUUCUUCGAAGAAUCAGGAGCUGACGUCCAUAUGUCUAAGUGCUCUCUUCAAAGAAUUAUAUGACGGCAAGAGGAAACUGAAUUUGGACAGUUUACUUUUUCAAUGUUUUAAUGAACAUGAGAACAGGGAUGACAACUACAAAUUUGUUUUUUAUAAAAAAAAAAAAAUUAGCAAGACGCAUAAGAUAGAUACCGAAAUUGAGCACCUGAAAAAUGGGGGAUGCGUGAAAAGGGGAGCAGAUUCUAGACACGCCGAUCCAGGGGAGGACUCCCACUAUUUUAAUCUUCUCUAUGCACAUGACAAUGAGUUAUCCGAUGAAGACACUUCAACCGUUCCUAUGACCAGUGAUGAUGAGUCCUCCCUUUCGUGUAACACCCUUGAUCGAAAUAUAGGUAGUGGGAUAGGAAAUCCCUUGGAUGGAUCCACCAGUUAUCAGCAACAUGAUGAGGGGCACGCCGAGGAGGCAAUUUAUAGCAUCACAGGAGGAAGCACCGACGUGAAUUACUACCCAAAUGGGCAUUCUAAUGCAGACCCGGGGAUGUUAAUUCGGGCGGACACUCCACAGAAUGGGGACCCUGGGGUUAAGCAGGACGAUCACGAGGGAAGUUUAAAAGAGGACUAUGAUUGGGGUGCUAAACAGGAAUACUCCGAUAGGGCAUACAAACUGGAAUACGACAAGGCGAACCGCCCACAUUACGAUCUUACGGACAGGCAGGGCGAGGGAAGGGAACACCUCAAUGAGAGAGUUGAUCCAGCGGAGGAAAGAGCAUCGCAUUACACAUGUCAAACGGGCAAGGGUGCUGAGGUAGAUCCAUUUAGUGAUAAGUUCAGCGAAGAGUGGGAGGAGAGGAAUGAAUAUAUGCGCCAGUACAUAUGUGACCGAGGGGGUAAAGAAGACGACGUUGAUCCAAAAGACGAUGAGGAACAAAGCAUACAAGACGACAUAGGUGAUGACAAAAAGGACUGUCCAGAUGAUUAUCGUUUUGGUAAUUUUCUCCAUGGUAACCCGGAAAAUCGAGCAGAUAAUAUAAACGAAGUGUACUCCCUUAUGAACUCCCCCAUAUGCAAUUCGAUUUGCUCCGAAAAUUCUCAAGAGAAAAAAAAGAACAAAAGAGAAAACCACAAAUGGCAGAAAAUGAAAAAGGACAGUAGAAAGAAAAAAAAAUCUUUAGACAACCUAGUCCUCAGUACGAACUUUCUUUGUCUAGGGUACCUUCACAUGAAUAGCAGCAACAAAUGUUUGACAAGAUAUAUUUUUAAGCUUUUACAAAAGAGCAAUUUGAGUAAGUUAAAUUUAUUAUGCAUUUUCUGGUCCAUAGGAAGUAUUAAUUUUAAAAAAGGAAGUCUUUUCCAUACCAUAAUAAUUUCUUUACUAUAUUUUAUAAACGCAAAUGUACCGUAUAAAAUGCACAAGAACGAUUUCAUAAAAUCUUUUUCCAUGAAAAGUUUACAUGCAGAUGACAUGUCCUACGACAUAAUGCACAUUAUCAUCUCAUCCGCCCUAGCUGUUUCAUUAUCCUUUUUCAGAAGCAACAAUAUUCACGCCUUUAAUAUGAUUUUCAUGCCCUCCAUAAUGGAGCACAUAUAUUAUUUUAAUCACUACGAAAUUAUGGUAAAAUCUUUUGCACGGAAUAUGAUAAUGUUCGAUUUUGUAGAUUUAUCUCAUGAAUACAUUUUAUCUAACAUUCCUCUUUUCUUGAGGGUUCUUCCUAACGAUUGGAGUAGAAGGAAGAAGGGGAAGCUACCCUAUAUGUACUUGAUUAACAAGAAUGGAACCUUCAAGGAUAAAGAAGUGGAGAGAAAAUUGAUCCUACUAAAUGGGCACCUAAAUAUGGACCAUGAUUUUGUGCGUAACGAGAUGAACAGGAUUUAUGAGGGUGGUCAAUAUUUUCGUCUAUCCAAGCAGAACUUUGUACAUUGCUACAGGGAUAAGCUAUCCCCGGGGGGCGCUCCCCUGAGGUAUUAUUUCCAUGGUGGUAAUAGCGUCGUAAACGGCAUACGUGGCUUACAUGAAGGAGGAACCCACACUAGAAGCAAUGAAGGCGUCGACUGCGCGCGUACAUAUGUGGAAGACACAAGUAGUGACCAACAGAUCAACACAGAGAGGCGCAAUCACGAACACAAUUUGCUAAAAGAUUACACCUUCGUCUAUAACUGCGAAAUGCUCAGGUAUUACAUCAUCAUGGGAGUACUACAAGUUCUAAGCUUAAAAUACCUUUCGACGCACCACGAGCAUUUCAAGAAAAUAUGCUUCGAAUAUAUCUCCUAUUUUGAAAACAUUAAUAAAGGAAUUUAUGCGAAAAAGAAGUUGGACAAGCUGUACAAAAAGGUAAAUUAUUUGGUCCAAAAGAUUAAGGAUAAGGUUAUGAGGGAGAAUCUCCUGCAGGACCUCCUUCCAGAUGUACAGGACGUUGCUCGCGAGGCGAGUGCGAAUAAUUCCCAAGAAGGUGUGUCCAAAAGUGGAAUGAUUCAGCAGAUGGAAGGGGAACGUUUAAGCGGGAGGGAAAGGCAAGUUAGGGUUAGCGACUCGAUAAAUGGACAGCUAUGUAGCGACGGUGCAGAAGAUCAUCAACACCACGAUGAUCACCACGAUGAGGAUGACACUUAUAUGGACCCUCGCCAUAGCCACGAAGAAGAACGGCAUGGAGACCUGGACACCCAAAUCAACAACCAUCUGCAUGACUUCAUUGCGCAUCUGCAAUAUGACGACUCUUCCAGCGAUUCUGAAAACGAAAAAAGGAAGAUCGACUCAUCACACGUUAGAAAAGGGAAUGGAGCAGAUGCAUUAACGCAGGAGGGAGGGAUGGAAAAACAAAGCGCAGAUUCGACAAACAUCAUGGUGACUACAUCCACGAAGAAAAAAAAUUCAGUGUACUCUCACAUAUACAAAUUAAUUCUAAAGUAUGUUAAAAAAAUAAAGAAAAUUAAGAAAUGCCUACAAAAUUGGUACUCCCCUGUAGAGGACGAAAAUUACAUAACCAGCCGAUUGCUAGGACAGAAAUACCCAAAUGAGGAGAACCAUUUGUACAAAAUAAAGGAGGAAGAUGUGAACGAUAUAGUGAAUUUGAUUUAUCAGUGCCUUUCGCUCGUCUUUGUAGGAAGUUGCGACAAAUCAUUGAAUAAAAAAAUAAAGAACAAAAUAAACAACCUCGUGAAUAUCAGAGAUAAAAACACGAAUAAUUUGUACUACUACUACUUAGGGUAUAUAAAUCUAGGGUGUGGAAAAUAUGUUUUAAAAAAGCAUACAGAUGUGUCCACCUGUACACUGACCUUAAUUUUGUUCAGUUUCUUUCACAUCUAUGAUUUGUCAUCUCAUUUUAUUAUUCAUCUGAUUGAAUUUAUGUACGUUCUCCUAAUUGACAAACGCUUUUUAAAAAUUUACGAUGUGACAUCAAACCAAUUUGUUAAUCUACCCAUCCAGUUAAUUUACAAGGAGAAGGUCAGCACUUAUCAUUUGAAGGCAAGUCGAGAGAAUCAUAAAGAGGUCAGUAGUAAAAUCCAAGGAAAUGCACUUAACAGAAACCUCUAUUUGCACAAAACGAAUUACACCAGUCUCAACAGAAAGGUAAUACUCUCACCCAGUGCUAUUCCACAUCUGGAUAUCGUAAACAUUUCCAUCGUGAAUAAUGAAUACUACCACUUGAGCUUUUCCUGUUUGGAUGCGAAGGGGAAGAAAAGGAACCUCUCUCCAGGCGCCAUGGGGAAAGACCCCCAAACAGAUUCACACAUAUGUGAAUUGAAGAGCGGAAGGCAUAUCACACCUGAGCACCAGUGUGACAAGAACAAUAUUGUGAGAAAAAUAAUCAAGCGGGGAAUCCUCUUCGUUAAGAGGCGGGAAUAUAACUGUGUGCCGCUCGACUAUAAGCACUUAUUAAUAGCGGAGAAACUUCGGGGCCUUUGUGAGGGGUAUGAAAAAAUGGCCAUGAAUGUCGUUCCGUCUGAGAACACCACCAGAAACAGCAAAACGCGCAGAGGCACUUCCCAUAGGAACACCACAAACUUUCCCGGAAUCAAUCAGCCAAAUGGAAAACAUAUCAAUACCGCUGCGCUCUGUUUAGAGGAGCUUUACCCUAUGAGCAAAGAGAACAGCCUUGUGAUGAACCAAAAAGAAUUCUUCCCGGAGAUCGCCGAAAAGAAGAACAUCCUUAGGAAUACCCUGAUGAGGCAUAAAGACAGCGAAAGUAGCAUAGGAAAAUUUCUACUAGAAGUACUAAAGCAUUAUGAGAAAAUUCCGUUGACCUUUUCGGACGACACAAUGUUGCUAUUUCAAACAAAAGGGAAUUACACACAUAAAAAUAUCAGCGAGCUCCUAAUGCUAAAGUAUUAUAUAAAAUUGGACGAAGAAAAAUCUUCCUGGGAGGAGACCCAUCACGAUGACCACUUGGUAACAGAGGGAAAAUUUGCGAAGCUCUUUCUACUCUUAAAUGAACAAUUUAGUAGGCAAUUUAUCGAAAUUGAAAAGUUGAAUAAACAGAACAGAAGAAAAAAGGUGCAGUUCCUUCCACUAAUUUAUGCUGUUAUUGUGAACUACUACGAGAGGAAAUGGUCUUCCCAGUGGGGUAAACAAAUCUUGUCAUCAGCGCAUUCAGAGGAGUAUAUUAAAAUGGUGGAUGCCUUUUGUAGCAAUGUGAAUAUAGCAGACAUCACAGGUGACAAUGGAGAGGAUAAUAAGGAUGACCUAAUCACCACCCAUGCGAUGUCCCCCGCACCCAUCAUCAUAAACAAUAUAUAUAACAACGAGCGCGCGCAAAACAACAUAUAUACCUUUUACUACAAAAUAAGGGAGAAGAAAGAAAACAUAGUGCUCAGCGAUUUUAAUCUCUUAAAUCAGCUGAACCAACUGUUAGUCCAAUAUGCCCUCAAAAAGUUGAAGACCUUUAUGAAAUACCAAUUGGUGAAACAAGUGCAAAACAAUUUCGACUACUUUCUCCUGGUCCAAAAUUUACAUAUUGAUCGAAGUGUCAAUUAUUUAUAUUUCCUCUCAGAUGUCUAUCAUUCCUUCUACCCAUUUUAUCAAUUCUUUUAUAAGUACUGGGAAGACAAUUACUAUGGUGCCCUGGCAUCACCAAGGAGAAGAGAGAAGAAAUCCAUUUGCGAUUUGGAAUUCUUCGAUUAUGUUGCCAAUCCGGAGAGAGAUACCAAAUUUAUAGUCAUAGGAGAGGGAGUGGGUCAGAGGGGAGACCUACCUGCGUAUUCGUUUCCACAAAAAUCGAGCAGCUCCUACAUUUUACGCUUCCCCCAAAGGAAUAAAAAGAAGGGGUAUCGUGCGGGGGGAAGGACCGAAAGGGGAUGCACUUCUUGCAAAGUAAGGGUUACGUGGAUGGAUGAAGCGGAGACGGAUGUAUCAUGGAAGGAGGAAAGUGGGAAGAACAUAUCAUGGAAGGAUGAAGUCGAGAAGAACGAGGCUAUCCCAUCGGACGGCACGUUUGACAAGGUGAAGGAUUUACUCAGCCUCAAUUUUGACUACCUCAAAAUCAUGCAGGGCAUGUACAAAAGAUCCAGUACAAGAGUGAGCCUUAUGAGUUACCUUCCAUUCCUUAGCACCGACUACCAUUUUGUCUACUUCUUUGAAAAUAACGUAAAGGUGAUAAAAAGGAUUUUCCAGCAAUAUUACAAUAAGGGCUACCCCCACAAAAGCAUCCUUUUUAACAAGAGAAAAAUUUCCACCAAGGAUUCAGGAAACGUAAUAAAUUUAUUUACACAAUAUUGUAACUUCCCCAAUUAUUUCUCCUUCUGGAAUAUCGUUCUAUCUGACAAAGAGGAUAACGUCCUUUUCGUGCCUCAGGGCAGACACCUCUACGAUCACAAGUAUAAUAAGUACAUUCGCUCCGUUAUUUCAAAAGCGGACCAGGUGCUCACCCAUAACAAUAUGUUACAAGGAGAAAUGAUGGGGAAGAAGCACAAACAUAUUUAUGCGAAAGUAUCAAAUAGGAACAAGGUUAAUUGUGGUUAUCUGAACGCUUCUCGUGAGAAUGCUUUUCCUUCACGUGGUACUGUCCCCAGGAACGGCGAAAUUGCUCUUCAUCGCAAGAGGAGACACAUAAAAAUAGCGUUCAAAUGGAUUGACAAACGUAAUUCACCAUCAGCUGGAAGAGUCUAUACGGAAGAAAAGUACCAUCCCUUUGUGAUCCUCCAGAGAAUAGCACACACAAUUGAGAGGAACAGGGAAAAUGAAGUCCAUCCAAUUAGACAGGCAUUCAUAGAAAAUACCCAUGGAAAAACAUCCCUCGGUGCAUAUAACUUUUUCAAACAGUGGAUAAGCACAAGUGAACAAUUAUCUAGCAAAUUAGUUACCACACAUAAUAUUUCAUUAAAUUCUGCAUGCAUCAAUUCCUUUUUCACGGAUAUAUUACUUUGUUUUUUUAUUGGGAAUUUAUAA